AGUCCGCCUGAUAUUGUAGCGAAGUCAAAGGAGAACGUUACUGUUACUGUUAGGUUUCGGCCUCUGAGCGCCCGGGAGAUCAACAAAGGGGAUGAGAUUGCGUGGUAUGCUGACGGGGAUUGUACUGUGAGGAAUGAGUACAACUCGUCCAUUGCUUAUGGUUUUGAUAGAGUUUUCGGGCCAGCGACUACAACUCGGCAUGUCUAUGAUGUUGCUGCUCAGCAUGUCGUAAGUGGUGCUAUGCAAGGAAUUAAUGGUACUGUAUUUGCUUAUGGUGUUACUAGCAGCGGAAAGACUCACACCAUGCAUGGGGAACAAAAAUCUCCUGGGAUUAUUCCAUUAGCAGUGAAAGAUGUAUUUAGCAUCAUUCAAGAGACACCGGGGCGAGAAUUUCUUCUUCGUGUUUCAUACCUUGAAAUAUACAAUGAGGUUAUUAAUGACUUGCUUGAUCCAACAGGACAAAACCUUAGGAUAAGAGAAGAUUCACAGGGAACAUAUGUUGAUGGAAUUAAAGAAGAGGUCGUUCUAUCACCUGCUCAUGCUCUUUCUUUAAUAGCAUCUGGAGAAGAGCACAGACAUGUGGGUUCCAAUAACUUUAAUCUCCUCAGCAGCCGAAGUCACACUAUUUUCACCUUGACUAUUGAAAGCAGUCCAUGUGAUGAAAGUCAUGGGGAUGAAGAUGUCACCUUGUCCCAAUUGAACUUAAUUGACCUUGCAGGAUCAGAGAGUUCAAAGACUGAAACAACUGGGCUGCGGCGUAAAGAAGGCUCAUACAUUAACAAAAGUUUGCUUACUCUGGGGACCGUGAUCUCUAAACUAACGGAUGGUAAAUCUACACACAUCCCCUUCAGAGAUUCAAAACUCACCCGUUUGCUGCAGUCUUCUCUUAGUGGACACGGGCAAGUCUCCCUGAUCUGCACAGUUACACCUGCUUCAAGCAACAGUGAAGAGACACACAAUACGUUGAAGUUUGCUCACCGUAGCAAGCACGUGGAAAUAAAGGCGUCUCAAAACAAGAUAGUGGACGAGAAAUCUCUUAUAAAAAAAUACCAAAAGGAGAUUUCCUGCUUGAAAGAAGAGCUGCAGCAGUUGAAGCGUGGUAUGAUGGAGAAACCCCAUUUAGUAGCUUCCGAUCAAGAAGAUCUUGUCAAUUUGAAGCUUCAGCUUGAAGCUGGGCAAGUCAAGUUACAGUCCAGAUUGGAAGAGGAGGAACAAGCAAAGGCAGCUUUAAUGGGUAGAAUUCAACGGUUAACGAAACUAAUAUUGGUCUCCACGAAAAAUACAGUAUCUUCAAGUAUUACAGAAAAGGCUGGGCAAAGACGAAGACACUCUUUUGGGGAAGAUGAGCUUGCUUAUUUGCCUGAUAGGAAACGGGAAUACACUGCUGAUGAUGAUGCUGUUAGUCUGGAUUCAGAAUUCUUGGCAGAAGGAAGAUAUGAUACCAGCGGCCUAGAUGAUAACCUAAAGUUUGAUAAAAGAAACCGGAGGCGAGGCAUGCUUGGCUGGUUCAAAUUGAGGAAACCUGAGUAUCUUUCUGGAUUUUCGCCUAGUGCUGAUAGUGAGAGUUCUACUAGUGGAUCCCCAUCCUGCUCACAGUCAUCACAUCAAAAACAUAAGUCAGUUGACAUGAAAGAUGGACGGAGGAGAUCUGUAAGUAUAAAGGGAGAUGAUCCUUCUGUAGUCAUUGAUACAUUCCCUCAAAGAACACAAGCUGGCGAUCUAUUUAGUGUAACAGUCAAUGGACGUCGACCCCCACCGACUGGAACAACCAUAAUAGAUCAAGUGGAUCUUCUCCGCGAGCAGGUCAAGAUGUUGGCUGGCGAAGUAGCACUAUGUAUGAGCUCUCUUAAGAGACUGACUGAACAAGCAGCCGGCUACCCAGAAGAUUCACAGAUUCAGGAGCAAAUGCAGAAGUUGAAGGAUGAAAUCAAUGAAAAGAAGAUCCAAAUGCGCAUACUUGAGCAGCGGAUGGUGGGAUCUUUUGAAGAGACUGCACAGUCGUCGAGCAAUGUUGACUUAACUCAGGCGUUUUCAGAGCUGACUAGUCAAUUAAGUGAGAAGACAUUUGAACUUGAGAUCACAUCUGCUGACAAUAGGAUUCUUCGGGAACAACUACAAAUGAAGAUACCUGAAAAUGUAGAACUUCAAGAAACUGUAACGUCACUAAAGCAGCAAGUCCGCUCCUUGCUAGAUAAGAGCAGUCAUAAGGAUAGCCUGUGUAAGAUUUGUGCCGCUGAAUUAUCUAUCGAAAAUGGUGACCUAUCAGAAAGCUUUGUCUCAUGCAAGGAUUCUGAUGGUGACACAUCUGCGAAGGCUCAAGUUCUCAUGCAGGCUGCUGAAAUUGAAAAUCUAAAGCAAGAGCAGGUGAGGUUAGCUGAGGAAAAAGAUGGGCUUGAAAUUCAUAGCCAAAAACUAGCUGAGGAAGCAUCUUAUGCAAAAGAAUUGGCUGCUGCUGCAGCAGUUGAACUUAGAAAUUUGGCUGAAGAAGUCACAAAACUUUCCUACCAAAACGCAAAAUUGACUGGGGACUUAGCUGCAUCAAAGGAUUAUCUCUCCCUUGGUAGAUCUAGUAAUGGUCAGAGGGAUAGCGUUUUCAUUGAGGAGUUAAAGAAAGAGAUUGUUGCCAGAUGUAAGAAAGAAGCUUCUUUGGAGGCUGCAUUGUCAGAAAAAAAUCGAAAAGAAGCUGAGCUACAAAGAAGAAUUGAUGAGUCAAAACAACAUGAAGAAGACUUGGAAAACGAACUUGCAAAUAUGUGGGUUCUUGUUGCAAAACUCAAGAGGAAUGGGAUGCUUUCUAAUGAAACCUUAUCUGAAGGGUUGAAUGACAUUGAUUUUCAGCAUAAUGGUUUUAUUUCAUCACACGGCACUUCUGGUGUAAACUUUAUGGGGAACAAACCUUUUGUUGGGAUGCCUAAUGAUGAUAUAAAUGGUUCACAAGAAGUAAGUGCUGCUUAUGCAUAUGAGAGAGAACGAUGCAAAGAACUAGAAGGCAUUGUUUCUAGACUGAAGGGGGAAGAUCUUGAUGGUCUAGAUGUCAGAGCUCUUGAAGAGUUGCAAAGUUUUCAUGUUGAAGCCUUAUCAAAGAUAUGCAAGGAAAAGUUGACAAACCGGGUCUCAUAGCUACUGGAUUCACUUAGCUCGGAAGAAAUUAUUUCUCCCUAGGUAUGU